AUGUCGCUUUCACGGGGCCGCGCCGGGCCUCCUGCAGAGGAUGUCGAUACCAUUGACCUUACGCUGUCCCCUUCUCCUGAACCGCGACCGCAACCGCGACCGCAACAGCAACAGCAGCGGCGCUAUCCUGCCGUACAACAUCGCGUCUCAAAGCAUUACAGGACGACGUCCACAAAACCACGAGAUAUGGCCUCCGUAAAGAAGGAAGGAGCCUCAUCAGAGAGCGCCACGCGAGCUGCCCCGAGCCAAACCAACCGUAUCCACCCAGACCAUCUCCGUCAGAUUAUCACCACCAGCGAUCCGGCUGCCGUGCGUAAUGUCCUACUUAACCUCUGCAAACUCUCACCUGCGCUGUCCGGAGCCGUUGCUCGAGGUCUCGCCCCUCACUCGGCAUUCGCCCAAGCUACGAUUACCACCCAUCAAGCGAAGGCAGGAGCAGCCAAUAUCAAGCCGGACCCCGAACCGAAGCGCGAAGUUUCUCUUACCAAUCGCACUGGAAACCCAUCUGGCUCCUCAAUGCUCAGGCCGCACAUCAAACAUGAGAGGGAGCGCAGCCCACUGCCCUCAGAGGACGAUUCAGAUAGUACCCUCGGAUCGGAUAUUCGGUUGACUCCCAGCCCGGGCCGGCCCAAGAAACGUCAGUCCACUCCCUACCAUCGGGCACCAUAUGUCGUCGAAGCAAGCCAAUCACCGACGAGUUCUGAUCGCGCGGUUCCUGCAAGGCCACCCUUGAAGCAUAUUCCGCAAGGCCAGACAACCAACUUGAAUCGGGUUCUAAGCUCCGCCCCUGCGAGUUGGCACAAACCUAUUCGUGUCAAGUCCGAGCCGGAAUACCAUGGCCAGCAAUGCGAACGUUGUCGUCAGCUGCUGUUCGAGGACGAAACCGACCACUGCAUCUAUCAUCCCGGACGCAAAAUCAUGAUCUCGCAAGACGGCGAACGAAUAGCAGUAUUUAGUUGCUGCAAGAUGCGAAUCGGUGAACCAGGCUGCAAGACUGGGUAUCACAUCGCUAAACCAAUCGAGGGCUUCGACACGAUCAAGCGUGCUGGGCCGACUAGUAGAUCGCCUUUCCCCACUUCUGGACCAUUGAAGAAGCCACGACUGCUGUGA